UACCACAGGGAUCCAGGGAAUGCUACCCGAAUUUUGGAAUUUCUUCUUUUGGGAUUAUCACAGGAACCAGAGUUGCAACCUCUCAUGUUUGGUCUUUUUCUCUCCAUGUACCUGAUAACUGUGUUUGGAAACCUGCUGAUCAUCCUGGCUGUCAAUCUAGACCCCCAUCUCCACACACCAAUGUACUUCUUCCUCUCGCAUCUGUCCUUUGUGGACAUUUGUUUCACCUCUACCACCAUCCCCAAAAUGCUGAAGAAUAUACAAACAGAGAACAAAGUAAUAACCUAUGAAGGCUGCAUUAUCCAGAUGUAUUUUUUUAUGCUGUUUGCAGGGCUGGACGUCUUUCUGCUGACCGUGAUGGCCUAUGACCGAUUUGUGGCCAUCUGUCACCCCCUACACUACACAGUCGUCAUGAACACCCGGCUCUGUGGACUGCUGGUUCUGGUGUCCUGGAUGAUGAGUGCCCUGAAUUCCUUGACCCAAAGCUUAAUGGUUUUGUGGCUGUUCUUCUGUACAGACUUGGAAAUCCCCCACUUUUUCUGUGAACUCAAUCAGAUGGUCCGACUUGCCUGUUCUAACACGUUUCUUAAUGACAUAUUCAUGUAUUUUGCAGCUGCGGUGUUAGAUGGUGUUUCCCUCACUGGGAUUCUUUACUCUUACUCUAAGAUAGCUUCUGCCAUACGUGGAAUCUCAUCAUCUCAAGGGAAGUAUAAAGCAUUUUCCACCUGUGCAUCUCACCUUUCAGUUGUCUCCUUAUUUUAUUGUACAGGCUUAGGAGUGUAUCUUAGCUCUGCUGCUACCCACAGCUCACACUCAAGUGCAGUCGCCUCCGUGAUGUACACUGUGGUCACACCCAUGCUGAACCCCUUCAUCUACAGUCUGAGGAACAAAGACAUAAACAGGGCUCUGAAAAGAAUCACUGGGAUGACAGUUAUAUAA